AUGAAGACUGCUCUGCUGUUGUCCUCGCUGCUUGUGGGUGCCUCCUCCUUCGCGGUUGUCCCUGCAACACCAGCCAGGCGUACUGCUCUGGCUGCUUUCAUUCCUGAAGAGGACAUGACGGUAGAUCAGCUCGAAAUCAAAAAGAUCAGCGACAAAUGGAGUGAGAUCAGACAUCUCUCCAGAGAAGAAGCUGAAGCUCAGCUUGAAGGCGACUGGUUGGAAGCCUACAACCGCUUCUACAAAAAGUAUGACGAAGAUAUGGAGCGAAUGACGGAGAUUGUCGCCUCCCUUCAAAAGUCCAUCGAACCUCCAAAGGUCCAAAAGAAAUCCAAGGGACAAAAGCGACGUGACGCUUGGGCUCGUGUCCAGGCCUUACAGGCUGCCAGGGCUGCUGCUGCUGUCAACUAA